AUGGCACCGCUUAGGAUCCCGACUGGGGAUUUCUUCACUGAUGAUCUAAUGGAGUUCUUAAAUUACUCAACACAGACACCGAACCAUGAGACUAGGCAUCAUGGGAGGCACCAUAACCACUCGCAUAGGGAGAAUCAUUCGAAGAACCAUAACGUUGCAGAUAUCCUUUCGAAUUCCAUUAUUGAAGUUAUGAACAGUAAAUUUGUGCCUGACAAUAGUGUUCUACCAGACUUAGAGCCCCUAUCUACCCAUUUAGAUGAUUCAAUGGAGCGCUAUCCUCUUAAAAUGAAUAUAACGAUGAAUAGAUCUGAUUUUGGUGUGAUAACAGACGAGUUUAUGUAUAGGCACAGCGGUGCUAUGACAGCAGUGUAUUGCGUCGCGUAUCUGCUCGUGUUUGUAGUGGGUCUCAUCGGGAACUGUUUCGUGAUAGCCGUGGUGUACCGCUCGCCGAGGAUGAGGACUGUCACCAACUUCUUCAUCGUGAACCUGGCGGUCGCUGAUAUACUGGUGAUCGUCUUCUGUUUGCCAGCAACGCUGAUGUCCAACAUAUUUGUUCGUGAGUAA